AUGACGAAUGCUAUUAGCGCAACCAUCAAUCUAGGCUUUAGGAAAACCGUGGAGACGAUGCUGAAGCUAGAUGGGGUAGACGUGAACGCGCGUGAUGACGACGGCCGGACGGCGCUCGGCGUGUGCGUGCUCGCCGCGGCGCAGUCCCAGAGCCGGAACGAGGCUCGCAACCAAUUGGAAAUUGGGCGCCUGCUCGUAGCGCGGGGCGCGAGGGCUGACGCUCUGGGUGACGCACGCCUGCUGCAGUCGCCGCUCGUAAUGCCUAUCACGAGCCUGAACGUCGCCGGCACGGACGACAUGUAUGCCUGGUAUGACCUCUUGAUAGGUGCCGGCGCGGACCCGAACUCGACCUCGGAGGUGUUGGUCGACGGCUUCCGGUGUCGCAUGUCGAUGCUAUCGCGAGUGCUCUUUUUCUUUCCAGUGACAGCGCUCAUCACGACGGAGAAGCGGCUCGCGCUCAUCAAGCUCUUGCUCCGGGCGGGCGCGAAUCCGUGCGUGCGCGACCAGGGACUCGACCUGUUACGGGAUUGGGGACCGCGGAGUUAUGCGUGUACGACGUAUAGCGCGACCUGGGCGCUCGACGACGCCGUAGCGCGGGCGCCCGAACUGGCCGACGACGAGCAUUACGUCGCGGCGAAAUGCCUUGUCAAGGGCGUCGUCGCCGCCGGGUCCUACAAGAAGUACGUCCGUCUGCCGCUGCAGGAAUUGCUCAACCUGCUCUCGCUCGCGCAGCGCGGCAAGCUCACGACGACCGAUCCAGUCAUGAAGGCGCUCGUCGGCGUCGACAACCACGUCGUAUGGAACGUCUUCACGUACUGGGCGGAGUCGUGAGUAAUACAAGUUAACAUACAACCU